UUCACGUCUUGUCGCCAGGCAAGGAAACAGGAGUCAGUGAAGAAGACAAUGCGGAUGCUUUUGUGAUUAUGGUGUCAACAAAGAGACGACUACUUAUGUCCUUUUUACGAUUUUGAGAUUUUUAGCGACGGCCGGCCUGUUUUUUUGGGGGGGACCCACGUGACCAUGGCUGACGAGGCUUUGCAUCGUUUCCCUGAUGUCGAUGACGAGGAGGAGGAAGAGGGGGAGGUUACCAAGGAAACGCCAAAGCGUCCUGUCUACUGCAUAUGCAGGAAGUCUGACAUCAAUUGUUUUAUGAUAGGCUGCGAUGGCUGCGCAGAGUGGUUCCAUGGCAACUGCGUGGGCGUGUCAGAGAAGGCAGCCAAAGCCAUCAGAGUUUGGUUCUGUCCGUCCUGCCGAGAGAUUGACCCCUCUCUAGAGGUGAAGUAUCGCCAGAAGAAGACAAAGGAGGCAGAGGAAGACGGGGAGGAAUGGGAGGAGGACGGCAGCUCCACCCCCCAGGCCAAGAUGGACAGGAGGCGGGGCUCGCAGCAGCAAAUCAAGCGCUCAGCUCGCAUGUGUGGCGAGUGCAACGCCUGCUUGAGGACGCGCGACUGUGCCACCUGUGACUUCUGCAAAGACAUGAAGAAGUUCGGAGGCCCUAACAAAAUACGACAAAAGUGUCGCCUCAGGCAGUGUGAGGUGCGCGCACGGCACAUGAGGUUGUGUAAGAAGUUGGACGUUGGCACUGUGGAGCAGAAGAUGCUUCGGGUGAAAGAAGUGGAGGAGGCGAGAGCGAGCGGCGUGAAGGGGCGGGGCCUCCACAGAAAAAGUCACAUGACCGAGGAGGAGGAGGAGGAGGAGGAGGAGGAAGAGGAGGCCUUCAGUGAAAGUGAGCUGGAGCUCUACAAGCAGUACAAAGCUGCUGGAUUCAGAGACAUGGUGUGGCACAGCGAGGAGGAGGAGGAGGAGGAACCCGACACCUUAAGGAAAAAGGCGGUGAAGGUGAAGCACGUGAAGAGACGCGAGAAGAAGCCUGAGAAGAAGAAGUCUGUGUCCGCUCCCAAGGUGGAGGUGCGGCGUCACAAGGUCAAGCAGCGGCACAAGGAGCGCGUGCGGCACAGCGAAAGAGGCGGAGAGGGUGGAGCCAAGGAGCCGGGCGGGACCCUGCGCCAGUGCCUCGGUCCGGGCUGCGUCCAAGCGGCCCGGAACAACUCCAAGUACUGCACCGACGACUGUGGCAUGAAGCUCGCCGCCAAUCGCAUCUACGAGAUCGUGCCUCAGAGGAUCCAGCAGUGGCAGCAGAGUCCCUGCGUGGCGGAGGAAAUGGGGCGGAGACAGCUGGAGCGAAUCAGGAAGGAGCAGCAGGCGGCCAGGCUCCGCCUCACGCUGAUGGAGAAGCGCUUCCACGAGCUGGAAGGCAUCAUCGCCAACUCCAAGGUGCACCAGGUGCUGCACGACGAGGAGGUGAACGAAGGCGAGGGCGACGACACCGACUUUCAAAUCUUCUGCGUGUCCUGCAGUCACCCUGUCAACCCCAAGGUGGCGCUGAGACACAUGGAGAGGUGCUACGCCAAGUACGAGAGCCAGACCUCCUUUGGAUCCAUGUACCCCACACGCAUCGAAGGAGCCACCCGCUUGUUCUGCGACGUCUACAACCCUCACAGCAAAACCUACUGCAAGCGCCUGCAGGUCUUAUGUCCGGAACAUUCCAGAGAUCCAAAGGUGGCAGCAGACGAGGUGUGCGGCUGUCCUCUGGUCAAAGAUGUCUUCCAGCCCACAGGAGAGUUCUGUCGCAUCUCCAAGAGGAAGUGUAACAAACAUUACUGCUGGGAGAAACUACGCCGCGCUGAGGUCGACCUGGAGAGAGUCCGAGUGUGGUACAAACUGGACGAACUGUUCGAGCAGGAGAGGAGCCUACGCGCCGCCAUGACCAACCGAGCAGGUCUACUGGCUCUCAUGCUGCAUCAGACCAUCCAGCACGACCCCAUCACCACUGACCUGCGCUCGGGCAAAGACCGCUAGGGAUGGCUUUUAUUGUGAAGGGGAGAAAGGAAGUGUGCUGUGAUCACCGCUAAACCCAGCAGCACUUCCUCAAAACAUCUGUAACUCCAGCCUUCUGUUUUAUACCAUUUGUAACUUUUAAAUGUUGACAUAUUAUCUUGUAUUUCUUACAUAUUGUGUUUCAUUUUUAUAUUUGUUUCUUCACAAAUACACCUCACGUAUCCCUUUUCACUUUCAUAGAAACACAAGUACUUUGUAUGAACACUUUUGGAAAUGACAUACCAAGAAACUUCAUACAAAAUAUGAAUUUCUGUUUUUAGGGCGAAACAAACAAAAAGACAAUAAAUGGACCU